AUGCCUCGCGAUCCUUUGUUCCCCGACACGACCCCGCCGCUUCGUACCCGCUCUCCAGAACUAGGCGGCGGGAACGAGAGAAAACGGCGGCGAAAAGUGCUGUCUUGCUAUGACUGUCGACGGAGGAAGCUGCAAUGCGAUCGCGCCCAGCCUGCCUGUAGCCGCUGCACGAAGAAUGGCCAGGCGGCGAGCUGUCGAUACAUCGACGAUCCAUCCGACGCCUCUCCACGCAAUGCGGAUGAAUCAGAGUACGCUGCAAAAGACCUCGACGGAGAUGGUCCGCCCGGCCGUGCACUGGCUCCAACACUGUCCAGCGACACGCUGACUCGCCUGGAAUACCAGGACAAGCGCAUACGAGAGCUCGAGUCCGCGUUGGCCCAUUCGAUCCAAAGCCAGUUCUCGGCGCAGAAGCCGCACAGGAAGCUCCCUCUGACUCCAGACUCGAUGAUCCUCAUGGACACCAGCCCUGCCGUUGUCAACGCCACCGACCGCGAGACCAUGUUGCUCCGCGGGAAAUCCUUCAAGACUCAGUUCCAUGGCAUCUCUCACCCCGGCUCCAUCAUUGCCUAUAUCCCCGAGCUCAGUCCAUUUACAAAGGAGAUCCUCUCAAACUUUCCUGGCCUGUCUAGGAUACGACACUACAUUCACGCCCUCGAGGACGGCGCGGAUCGCUCCGCACUCCAGCACCAGAUCACCACCGAACACGACCUCAGAGCUCUUCUUCCUCCCAAGCGCGAAGCUGACGAGCUUGUACGCCUAUACUUCGACAGCUUGGGCAACGUCUACCACAUUGUGCAUUCUCCGAGCUUCUGGAAAGAGUACAGCAGCAUGUGGGACGACAUCUCGACGACGCGAGCCCAUUUCGUAGCCCUUGUCUUGCUGAUGAUCGCUUGCGUUCAGUGUCAAGGAAGCCUGGAUCCAUGGCUUUAUAGUGCUACCGGCAGCGUUAUGCGGGACAAGGCUCUCAUCAUCAACCGAGUCUGCGAGGAUUGGCUCAUCACCCAGAGCCAGAAGCAUGUGACUGCGAUAGAUUUCCAGAUCAGAUUCCUCCUCAACCUUUCGCGAUUGCUCAAUGCCAGCAAGUUCAAGCGGACCUGGACCGAUGCUGGCAGCUUUCUCCGCUUCUCAAUGGCUGCCGGCUUGCAUCGCGAUCCGGACCUGCUUCGAAAGUCCACCUCUGCCCUCGACAAAGAAAUGCGACGCCGAAUCUGGCUUGCCGCGGCGGAUUUCGAGCUGGAAAGCUCCUUUGCUCGAGGCAUGCUAGCAACACCUUGGCCACAACAGAGCGACUACGUGCCACCGAGUAAUAUUGUCGAUGAGGAUUUCGACGACAGCUCCGUCACAUUGCCCACUCGGAGAUCGCGCAGUGAGUUUACGGCGGCGUCUUUUCUCACCACGGCGAACGAGACAUUCAUGUUGAGAUAUACGUUAAACGCCGUCCUCAACAACGUGCGCGAGCAGAUCACUUUUGACGAGGUCAAAAGAUACACGGAGGAGAUCGAGACACAUCUUCAGUCCGUUCCGAAGUGGUCAGAGGCCGAGUCACAACUCCCACAAGCCCUGCUAGGCAUCACUCUGCGAAACUACUUGCUAGUGCUACAUGAUCGUCAGAUCCGACAAAGUGACAGCGUUGUGGAGCGAAGCUUUUCGCGAAUGGUCCUCAUCAAUGCCGCAAAGAAAAUCAUGGACGACCAUGUGUCGUUGCUUGACAAAGGCUACACCACUCUACUCUUUUUGCGCCACGACCAGAUGAGGGCCGCGUUUUCGGCCUGUCUCGCGUAUUCAAUGUCCAGUCCUGAGGCGGACGGCAUUCUUCACAGCUUCGUGGAAGACAGCGCCGCUCGAGUGGUCAGCGAUGUCGUCGAAGUAAUCACGCGUAAAGCCGAACGCCUGGGCUGCGAACUGCGCCAGCUCUGGAUGGUCCUCGCUGCCGAUAGCUUUAUGAAGACCAAGAAAGACCCGAGUCAGAAGCUCGUCUACAUGCAGGAGUCGGUGGACAAGGUCUUGCGACAGUUCUACAAGAUCCUGGCAUGCCAGGAAGAUGCGCCAUCUCUUGUCUCCAGUGGCCCGCCCACCGGCAGGGACGAUCUUCCUGGUGUGGCCGAAUAUCUCCCCCUUGCAGAACCCCAGAAACCUGAUGUCGGCGUGGUGAAUGAUCCGACGCUUCUAGAUUUUGAUAUGCUCGCCUCGAUGACUUUCGACGACUGGAUUCUCAAUCCCGCGGAUGUGCCGGCGUUUGAAACUGGAUACUGA